UUGGCGACUUCAAAACCGCGGUAGCCCCGCUGGAGUCGGGAGGGUCAAGUUCAGCGGCGGCGGCGGGCAGGGGGAGCAGCCCCCUGGCCCGGAGGCGGGGAGGGGAGCGGCGGCGGCGGCCGCGGCUCUGCCCUCCCCUCCGCGCCUCUCCGCGCCUUAUCUCCGCGGCCGCCGAUUCCCCGGCACCGGGGCGCUCCGGGGGGAGGGGAAGGGAGACGCGGGGGGUGGAAGUAGAAGACGAGCAAAGAGGGUUUGCAUCCGAUGAGCUGCAGUCGCACAGUCUUGCCGCUCCUGCCGCUGCUGGAAGUUUUAAUGGGGAUCAUGACAAGCGGGGCACAGAGACACCAUCAUGAAGAGUAAUAUACAGAUCAGCUCUCAAAAUGUCUUCUGUGUCUUCCGUGCAUCUUCUAAGACAAUUGCAUUAGCCCGCCUGCUAGUUGACUAAUAGAAUUAAUAAUUGUAAAAAGCACUCUAAAGCCACAUGCCUUAUGAAGUCAAUGCUGGGUAUGAUUUUACAAAUAUGGUCCGGAAAAAGAACCCCCCUCUAAGAAACGUUGCUAGUGAAGGUGAGGUACAGACCCUUGAGUCUACAGGUACUGAAAGUGAAGAGUCUGGAAGGAAAAAAGAAUUUUCCGCAGAGCAGAUGCAAGAAAACACUGACCAGGGUGAUGCGGCAGAGUUAAAUAACAAGGAGGAACUUUGCACGCAUGUCCAAGAGCCAUCUUCCAGCAUUAAAAAGGACUUGAAAAGCUCAGUGCUGAGUGAAAAGGCUGGCUUCAAUUAUGAAAGCCACAAUAAGGGAGGAAAUGUUCCAUCCUUCCCUCAUGAUGAGGUGACAGACAGAAAUAUGCUGGCUUUCUCAUCUCCAGCUGUUGGGGGAAUCUGUGAGCCCUUGAAGUCUCCUCAAAAAUCAGAUGCAGAUGACACCCAAGAUGUGGUCUGUACCCCGUCAGGAGAUGCAGCAGAGACAAAUGAGGAGCAUCAGAUGUCGCCAAAAGCUUCAGAUGAAACAGUGCAAGUGCAAAGUGGUCAAACUGAUGGCCAAGGCUCAAGCCCGGUCCCCACGGCCUCAAAAAACCCACAAGUGCCUUCAGAUGGGGGUUUAAGGCUGAACAAAUCUAAAGCAGAUUUGUUGGUAAACGAUAACCCAGAUACGGCGCCUCUGUCUCCAGAGCUUCAGGACUUCAAAUGCAACAUCUGUGGAUACGGUUACUAUGGGAACGACCCCACAGAUCUCAUCAAACACUUCCGCAAGUACCACCUAGGACUGCACAACCGCACCAGGCAGGAUGCUGAGCUCGACACUAAAAUUUUGGCUCUCCACAACAUGGUGCAAUUCAGCCACUCCAAAGACUUCCAGAAAGUCAACCGCACUGUGCUUUCGGGGGUGCUGCAGGACAUCAAUUCCCAGAGGCCUGUCUUAUUAAAUGGGACUUACGAUGUGCAGGUUACUUUAGGUGGAACCUUUAUUGGAAUUGGGCGGAAAACUCCAGAUUGCCAAGGCAACACCAAGUACUUCCGCUGCAAAUUCUGCAAUUUCACCUACAUGGGCAACUCCUCCACUGAACUAGAGCAACACUUCUUACAGACUCACCCAAACAAAAUGAAAGCAGCCCUUCCCUCCUCUGAUUCUGGUAAAACUUCAGAGAAAAACUCCAAUAAAUCCAGUCCUACUCUUCGACCAUGUGAUUCUGGAGACUUGGGGAAGUGGCAAGACAGAAUCACUGUAAAAGCAGGAGAUGAUACACCAGUUGGAUAUUCGGUGCCCAUCAAGCCAAUAGAUUCCUCUAGACAAAAUGGUACCGAUACAACCAGUUACUACUGGUGUAAAUUUUGCAGUUUCAGCUGUGAAUCGUCCAGCUCAUUGAAACUAUUAGAACAUUACAGCAAACAGCAUGGGGGAAGCCAGGCAGGAAGCCUUCACCCAGAUCUGAAUGAUAAGCUUUCUAGGGGAUCUGUCAUUAACCAGAAUGAUCUAGCCAAAAAUGCAGAUGGGGAGUUAGUGACAAAGACAGAAAAGGGUGCGAGUGUGGCAAAAAAGAAAGACUUGACUAGCAAAGGAGCAGAGGACAGCAUGGUGACAAGCUACAACUGUCAGUUCUGUGACUUUAGGUACUCAAAGAGCCAUGGCCCAGAUGUAAUAGUGGUGGGCCCACUUCUCCGUCACUAUCAGCAGCUACACAACAUUCAUAAAUGUACCAUUAAGCACUGUCAGUUCUGUCCCCGAGGCCUCUGCAGCCCAGAAAAGCACCUUGGAGAAAUUACUUAUCCAUUUGCUUGCAGAAAAAGUAAUUGUUCCCACUGUGCUCUCUUGCUUUUGCACCUGUCUCCAGGGGUGACAGGAAGCUCUAGAGUCAAACACCAGUGCCAUCAGUGCUCAUUCUCCACUCCCGACGUGGAUGUUCUCCUGCUCCACUAUGAGAAUGCACACGAAGCCCAAGCAUCCGAUGUCAAACCAGAAACAAACGCCCUGCCAGGGGCAGAGGGGCCGCUGAUGCUCAAGGAGAACAAAGAACACUCAUGUACCAAAUGUGACUUUACCACCCAGGUGGAAGAAGAGAUUUCCCGACACUACAGGAGAGUACACAACUGCUACAAAUGCCGUCAGUGCAGCUUCACAGCUGUUGACACUCAGUCACUACUAGAGCACUUCAACACUGUGCACUGUCAGGAGAUGGACGUCACUACAGCCAAUGGGGAGGACAGUCAUGGUGUUUCGUCUAUCAAGGAGGAGCCAAAAAUUGACCUCAAGGUCUACAGUCUGAUUAAUCCGGACCCCAAAAUAGGGGAGCCCAUAUCUGACAGCAUAGUGAAGAGGGAAAAGAUAGAAGAUAAGGAAGUGCUCAAGGAGAAAGGUUGGACUGACAGUCCCAAUGAUGAUCUUCGCAACGUGACCUGGAGAGGAACAGACAUUUUGAGGGGGAGCCCGUCAUACACACAGACCAGUCUAGGCUUAUUGACCCCAGUGUCCGUUGGCCAAGAGCAGCCAAAGCCUUUAAGGGAUAGUCCAAACGUAGAAGCUGCCCAUCUUGCACGGCCCAUUUACGGCUUGGCGGUGGAGAGCAAGGGCUUCCUGCAAGGCGUGCCGGCCGGAGCAGCGGAGAAAGCCGGGCAGCUCACCCAGCCAUACCCUGGAUCCGGGGACAGCAAGGCGAAGGACGAAUCCCAGUCCUUAUUACGGAGACGUAGAGGCUCGGGUGUUUUUUGUGCCAAUUGCCUGACCACAAAGACCUCUCUCUGGCGAAAGAAUGCAAAUGGUGGAUAUGUAUGCAAUGCGUGUGGCCUCUACCAGAAGCUUCACUCGACUCCCAGGCCUUUAAACAUCAUUAAGCAGAACAAUGGUGAGCAGAUCAUUAGGAGACGAACAAGAAAGCGCCUUAACCCGGAGGCACUCCAGGCUGAGCAGCUAAACAAACAGCAGAGGGGUAGCAGUGAGGAACAAGUCAAUGGAAGCCCCUUAGAGAGGAGGUCAGAGGAUCAUUUACCUGAAGGUCAUCAGAGAGAAAUUCAGCUUCCCAGCCUCAGUAAAUACGAGGCCCCAGGUUCAUUGACUAAAAGCCAUUCUGCUCAGCAGCCAAUAUUGGUCAGCCAAACUCUGGAUAUUCACAAAAGGAUGCAACCUUUGCACAUUCAGAUAAAAAGUCCUCAGGAAAGUACUGGAGACCCAGGAAACAGUUCAUCGAUAUCAGAAGGGAAAGGAAGCUCAGAGAGAGGCAGCCCGAUAGAGAAAUACAUGAGACCUGCAAAACACCCAAACUAUUCACCACCUGGAAGCCCUAUUGAAAAAUACCAGUACCCACUUUUUGGACUUCCGUUUGUACACAAUGACUUUCAGAGUGAAGCUGACUGGCUGAGAUUCUGGAGUAAAUAUAAGCUGUCUGUUCCUGGGAAUCCACACUACUUGAGUCAUGUGCCUGGCCUACCAAAUCCUUGCCAAAACUAUGUGCCUUAUCCCACCUUUAAUCUGCCUCCUCAUUUUUCAGCUGUCGGAUCAGACAAUGACAUUCCUCUAGAUUUGGCGAUAAAGCAUUCCAGACCUGGGCCAACUGCAAAUGGUGCCUCCAAGGAAAAGAAUAAGGCACCACCAAAUGUAAAAAAUGAAGGUCCCUUGAAUGUAGUAAAAACAGAGAAAGUUGAUAGAAGUACUCAAGAUGAACUUUCUACCAAGUGUGUGCACUGUGGCAUUGUCUUUCUGGAUGAAGUGAUGUAUGCUUUGCAUAUGAGUUGCCAUGGUGACAGUGGACCUUUCCAGUGCAGCAUAUGCCAGCAUCUUUGCACGGACAAGUAUGACUUCACAACUCACAUCCAGAGGGGCCUACACAGGAACAAUGCACAAGCUGAAAAGAAUGGAAAACCUAAAGAGUAAACCUUAGCACUUAGCACAAUUAAACAGAAAUAGGUUUCCUUGAUGGGAAUUCAAUAGCUUGUAAUGUCUUGUGAAGACCUAUAAAGCACUUCAUAUAGAGAGCAUGCCUUAUCCAAUAUUAAAUCCCUUGUUCUUUUUUUUGUUUUUCCUUUUUCUUCUUUAUUUUUUUCCUUUUUUAUUUUUUUUUCUUUUUAAAUGAGUGGGUUACCAAGAAAAAAAACAAACAGUUGGAUGGUGGCCAGAAGGGGGAGAAGAUAAUUAUAUGGGACACGGCCCACCAAAGCUAGCCAGAAUGCAGUGAAUCAUGGCGAAUAACCUUGAGAAAAUUUUACCGGACAAUUAAUGCCUUUGCUAUUGUGUAAGAGACGUAACUGGCAAGAGUGCAAAGAUGUGUAUAUGUAUAUACUGCUGCAGGGGUAUAGUGAACAUAUGCACAUUGUAUAUAAGAACUAGACUUGUUAAAUAUACAAAUGUUAAAAGGUCAUUUCUUUUCUUUAAUUUGGGCUAAUUUCUGCCCUACAACAUGCCUUAGGAUCACUUUGUCCUCAAAGCUUUGGCAGCAAUUUCAUCUAGAUGUUUCUCAGACUCCGCUGAUUUUUAGCUACCAUUUUAUCACUACAUUCUUUCUGGCACACUUUAGUCUAGGAAAACCAUUUUGUGCAAGUGAAGUCUCUAAUACAGAAGCCACACUCCGGGUUUAAUUUGCAUAGAACAAGGUAACCUGCUGUAUUUUAUUUUAACAUAUUUUUAAUAUAUUGCAUUUCUAAACCUUAAAGUCUAAGGUUACUUCUCCACAGGCUUAACGUUGCUAUACAUACCAGUCAAUCCCUUCAGUAGACUUAUACCAGCUUUUGCUAAGUAGCAUUAAAUGUCUUCGUAGUACUUUUUAAUACUUAAAGCUUUGUAAAAACUAUCCAUGAAGGGAAAGCUCCUCAGCAUAACUGCUCAGGGAAAUAGGGCUAAAUAACUAAAUAUUAAAUAAUUGGUUAAAGGUGCUGUUAGACGAGCCUCCAUGCUUGCUACAAGGGUGUACAAGAACUGACUUUAAUCAUUUUCAUUAUAGUGUCCCAACCAGUAGUUUAUUAUUUUGCCACAGGGAUGUAGAAGAUAUUACAAGCUACUGGAUGCACUGUCAGAUUAACUUAUUUCAUUAAAGAAGUUGGGAGAACAAAUAGAAAAAACCUUAUUUUUCUAGUAAAUAUUAAUGUAUUACAUUUCAAAUAAUGGUGCCUGACAUAUUGAAUAAUUAUUUUCUACAGUGUACGUAUGCAACAAAGAUAUUCCAUCAUGCAUUAGAGUCAGUUCUGGCUCUGCCUCGCUGUUUACAUUUGCAAAUGUAGCAAACAAGGUAAUGAAGCAACUAUUUCUAUUGCAGUAGGUAUCUUUUUUUCUGUGUGUGUGCAUUAAAGUUGUAAACGAUAACAUGAAAUGAAUGAAAUUUGUUGAUAUUAAUGGUAUGGAAAAACAAGAAGGAAAUGAAAAUAUUUUUAUGCCUACUUAGGAAAAAAAGGGUAGCACUAUUCAUUCCAAGUACUUUUGUAUUCUUAAGCUCUUAACUCACAUUGUUAUGCUUAAAAUGAUAAACAUAUAUCCUCUUUUUAUUGCUUUGUCUGUGUUUCAGAAGAAACAUUUCAGAAAUUAUUUUGAUAAGUGCUGUUUGACGAUGCAGCACUGAUGUUUUAUUGCAUUCUGUAGUAGCAUUGCACUCCAUUUUUACAAUAUUACGCAGUUGCUUUUUUGUUUUGUUUGGGUUUGUUUCUUUUUCGCAGUGCAGGGUCUUAGUUCCUUAUGGUUGGAUGGCAGGUGUAGCUCAACUGGUUCAUGAAUGUUGCAGCGAAUGAAGUUUAAAAUGUCUUUCUGAUAUUAUGUUGUCUUUUAUUUCUCCAUUCAUGCAUUUUAUUUUUUAAAAUGUUCUAUAAAAAUAUCUCUGGAC